AUGGUGGUGGUCUGGGCCGAGCCUUGCAUUCUGAACACUAGCCUUGACAAUGCCGCCCCGCGUGGCGGUGCCGUAAACAACUUCCUGCCACGCGGUGAGGCAGGGACGCCCGUCGCUCCCAGCACCUGCACGGAGGUGCGGGCCAAACGUGCGUCCUGUCAUGUGGCGGCGAGCCGUGCCUCGCUUUUAAUCCUGGUGGAUAAUGACUUGUGGUGUGCCUGCCACUAUCCCGCUCGACCCUCUGUACGCAGCGUAGGUCACGCAGGGACGCCCGUCGCUCCCAGCACCUACAUGGAAGUGCGGGCCAAACGGGCGUCCUGUCAUGUGGCGGCGAGCCGUGCCUCGCUUUCAAUCCUCUUGGGUAUUGACCUGUGGUGUGCCUGCCACUGUCCCGCUCGUCCCUCUGUAUGCAGCUCAGGUCACGCAGGGACGCCCGUCGCUCCCAGUACCAGCACGGAGUGUCUGGUGCAUGGCGCACAGCGUGGCCUCGUUCACGGCAAGUUGUUCAGCCCGGUGCCAUCACAAGCCAGGGACCCGUACACACCCUCCACCAUAUUGUAUGGAAGGAGCCCUUAUCACCCCUUUAGGACUCCCCAUACCUGUCCCAGCAAGUCCCAGCAAGUCCCAACAAGUCCCCAAGUCCCAACAAGUCCCAACAAGUCCCAACAAGUCCCAGUAAGUCCCAACAAGUCCCCAGCAAGUCCCAACAAGUCCCCAACAAGUCCAGCAAGUCCCAGCGAGUCCCAACAAGUCCCCAGCAAGUCCCAGCAAGUCCCAGCAAGUCCCAGCAAGUCCCAGCAAGUCCCAAGUCCCAGCAAGUCCCAGCAGUCAAGUCCCAACAAGUCCCAACAAGUCAACAAGUCAAGUCCCCAGUCCAAGUCCCAGCGAGUCCCAACAAGUCCCAGCAAGUCCUCAGCAAGUCCUCAGCAAGUCCACAAGUCCCAGCGAGUCCCAACAAGUCCCAACAAGUCCCAACAAGUCCCCAGCAAGUCCCAGCAAGUCUCAGCGAGUCCCAGCAAGUCCCAACAAGUCCCCAGCAAAUCCAGCAAGUCCCCAGCAAGUCUCAGCAAGUCCCAGCGAGUCCCAACAAGUCCCAGUAAGUCCCAACAAGUCCUAACAAGUCCCAACAAGUCCCAACAAGUCCCAGUAAGUCCCAACAAGUCCCAACAAGUCCCCAACAAGUCCACCAAGUCCCAGCGAGUCCCAACAAGUCCCAACAAGUCCCAACAAGUCCUCAACAAGUCCACCAAGUCCCAGCGAGUCCCAGCAAGUCCCUGCGAGUCCCAACAAGUCCCAGUAAGUCCCAACAAGUCCCCAGCAAGUCCCAACAAGUCCCAGCAAGUCCCACAGGUCUGGCGGGUCCCUUUGUGCCCUGGGGUGAUUGUUCAGCUUCCCGUGGUGUCUGUGUCCCCAUUCAGUCAGCACUGCGGGAGUGAGACAGCAAAGGCUAGGAGAAGGAAGACUCCAAAAUCAAACCAACAAGACCCCAACGACGGAGCUAUCCAGCGCCGGCGGAAGAGGGCAGCGCCUUGCGGGCAGGCGACAAGGCGGGCCUUGACACAUCAAGAACUCAGCAGCCCGAUACAACCAACAUCGGAGAAGCUGCCUGUCUCAUCUGUCUUGAGCCGCGGUGGAAACGAUGUGGGCCAAGAUAAAUACACGCUGUACAUGAACGGACUCUGCCUUCCCACACUGACUAAUGGCCGUCCCUCGCUCAGCAUUGGCAGCCUGGGAGACGUGGAGGCUGGGCAGUGGCAGGGCUCACAAACUGUCUUGCCUUCCCUCCUCCAGCGGCUUCUCUAUACAAGACUUCUUUCUCUCACGCCCAUUCUGUCCACCUCCUAA